GACUGAAUGAGUAUCUCAGCAGCACCCAAUUCCCUUUCUUUCUAUUAAAUGGAGAAUACAUUUGCAGGCUAAUUAUGGCAUCUCUCACCUCGACCUGCCAAAUAAACAGCAUUUGGAACCUACUAAAUUUAACCAUCCUCUAACCGCCAGUUCUAAUGGGUCCACACAACGUGGCAAGCCAACCCUGAAACCUCAAUGGUUGCGCUUCUGUAUCAGACAACGCCCGCGGUUCCACGACUACCACCCAGUUGUGGCGUGCUGAAUGGACUGGCGGCGCCAGUUGCUCUCUCGUUAACAAGAAUCAGUAUCAAAAUAUCCGUUUUGUGUAUCAGCUUGGUGUUUGAUCUCCUGUUGGUAUGCUUGGGCAACUGGCGGCUAGCAUAUUUAACUCGUCUGAAGUAUCUAUGGAGUGGAAUGCGACGCCUCUCUCUCCCCCCGACUUAUAUCCUUUUUCUUCUUCUCGCUAGCUGAAUCACCAUUGUAAGGGCGGUUUCUCCCUUCCUUUCCCCCAAAAUGGAAUCUUGACAGUGGAGGAGUUACUUUUAAUUACCCUUUGUGGCCAUCGCUAUUGUUAUUAUUACUUCAUAAUAUCCAGAGACAUUGACGCUGGUCGUCAAUGAUCUAUUCACUCACUUCUUGGCUCAAGCGGAUUUGGAUCUUGCUACUUCACGGCUUGGAUAGUCGACACUACUCUUUUGCUCUCUGUGAGGCCAGGGUACACUAGGGAGAGAGGAGAGUGGACUGAGCGCCGAGAUCAUAAAAGCGAAGAAAAAUCGGAGAGUGUACGCAACUGUCAAUUUUUUUCAACGAGAGGGCUAGUUGCACCUCUAUCACUUUGAAAGAUUUUCUUUACGACAGAGGCUAGGGGUUAAGGGAAAAAUUUGACGAGUUUGGAUUGAGAUAAAAACCGGAAAAGAAAAAUCGAAGAACAUGGUCAAUAGCAUUCUUGCCACUUUCCUUGUGUCUGAAGGGCUUUUUGUCCUAGGUGGAGCCCUUAUUCUCGCUGUUGCGCUCAUCAGCAAGUCACAACUGGGUGUCGAAGCAACAUUGGACAACGUCGCGCACAUUUUGCUGUUAUCACACUGCCCUAUAACCCCCGCGAUCGUCAAUGCUGGUUUCAUCUUUUUUACCUUCAUUAUCUCGUUGCCUGCGAUAAUGCUAGGAACGGUCCGAGUUUGGCUUAAAAUCCAUGGCUGGUUCGUCGUUGCAAGCGGUAUUUUCACCCUUUGUUUAGGGUUGAGCAUCUGGUUCGAAACUCUCAAAACGCGGUCAAAAUUAGAGAUUAUGUGGAAUGCACAGCCUGCGGCGAUACAAAGUUUGCUUCAGCAAAGGUUCGACUGCUGCGGCUAUCUAAACAGCACUUCUCCGCCAUUCCAAGUCGAUCGAAUAUGCCCAAACCCACUUGUUGCUGCACAGAAGGCAGGAUGCGUAGGACCCUUCUCCAAUUACGCAAAUCACUUUCUUGAUGUUAUUUUCACGGCGGAUUUCGGUGUUGUCGCCAUCGAUGCUAUCCUCCUCCUGUGCAUCGCGAUUGUACUCAAGGACCAAAAGGACCGCGAAAGGUACCGCCAGAUAGAUUUAAAGAACGGGUUCGAAACUAUAUAAGCAAAUGGCCUGGAUGAUUGUUUGCCACCAAACGGGAAAGAGGGCAUUCAUAGGCCAGGUUCAUGUUUUGGUUUAUGAGCCAAUAGAAAUAAUAACUAGAGGCGUGCUCGCUAGAAAGGAACCUGGACAAAUAUCUAAAUGUCUGCCACGGUACAAGAAGUAGAGGCAUUCUAUUUGCUGAUGAAAUUCGAAUCCGUCAAACAGGCAAAAGAAUAAAUGUCAAGCUUCUGAAGUU